AUGAAUAGAUUGGAAAAUUCGUCGAAACAAGAUAAGGAUGACGACAAUGUCCGUGGGAACUGCACGAAACAGAACAAAAUACUGGAAUUGGACCUGGAUUACUUGGAGCGCGGUGGUGUUGGCAACCUGACGGUGAGCGGUGCGCCCAGCGUGGAGCCAAGUCCAGAUAGCUUGGACCUCAUUAAAGUGGUACUGCUGGGCGCGCCAGCCGUUGGCAAAACUAGUAUUAUACAGCAAUUCGUCUGGAGCGACUUUUCGGAAGAAUAUGUGCCAACGGACCGCAAACAUACAUUUUAUCCUUCGGUGAUUAUCAACGAACAUUUGUAUGAAGUUAAAAUAACCGACGUUCCAGUCAUACCUUACUUUCCAAUUAAUUCAUACUACGAAUGGGCUCAUUACAGAUUUUAUGGAUUACGAAACGCCACUGCCUAUAUCCUGGUAUUCGAUCUGUCGAACGUGGAAACGUUUCAGUAUAUUCGAACAUUGAGAGAUCAAAUGGUUGAAAGUAGAGAUAUGAGGAAUGUACCGGUUCUGGUAGUCGGCAAUAAACAGGACCUCCUGUGUAGCACUACACCAUCGGCGGCGAGUGGUCUCCAGCAAUUGGCGAUGGCUGAAAGUGCGUGCGGUGAUUCUAGAGAAAAGAGAAGGAACAUAGUGAACCUUGUUCGCAAACAUUGGAAGUGUGGUUAUGUUGAGUGCUCGGCUAAAUAUAAUUGGCGCGUGAUCGCUGUAUUCAAAGAACUGAUGGAGAUGAUAGAUGCUCUCGAAUGGAGCGGAGGAGGUAGAAGUUCAGAACCACUCCCAGAUUCUUCAACUGGAGGUGGGUCAUCGAACGAAAACCGCUGCACUGUUGCUUAG